AUGGCGGAUAUAUCCAACAUCGCGUCGUCGCUCCUGCCAUUCGGGCAGGGGGAAACAGUCGAGGGGGAGCUGGUGGCCGGGAUUACCGAGGAGGUGGUGGUGUUUGUGAGGCACAUCUCCACGUGGCCCGAGACGUGGCUCGAUUUUCCCUUUUCGUUAGCAAGCGCUACGCCGAUGCACAUUCAAUAUUUUAGAGAACCUUUUUUCUUCCUAAGUCGUGAUGGUGAGGCUUUGUCGGAUAUCAAAGUACGGAUUCAGAGAAGGCUUCAAGUUCCCGAUGUGCAGUUUCUAAAGUACCUCCAAGAUUCAGAUAUUGUGUUGAGCCGAUUCCAGAAAAAAAUUUAUGGAGGAUGGGAACAUCACCUUGGAUUGGAGCUUACAGCCACUGCCCCAAAAAGAUCCUGCUUGGCCAGUCAGAUAUUACCCUGAAGAAUUCUAACAUUAAAGCUUUCUGUU